AUGGCUUGUUGGUCUGCUGAGAAUGCCACGAAAGCCUUUCUCAGAGCCCUCAAAAUGAGAAAAAGGGGCAAGGAGCCAGAUACAGCCGAGUUCAUAUCAGCAUUGGCAGCCGGAAACAAUGCACAGCUCUUGGUGAUGGCAUGUGCGGGCACAGCAGGGUCAACCACCACCACUGCGCUAGCAUUAGUUGCCGCGGCACAUCAAACGGGUGGCAGGGUGGUCUGCAUUCUCCCAAGCCCAGGCGUCCUGCAAGCCUCCAAGAACUCCCUAGGACACUAUGCCGACCGCAUCGAGUUUGCCACGGGAAACGCAAAGACCCUUUUGGUAAACGAUCUCAAAGGAGCAGAUUUCGUGCUCAUUGACUGUGACAUCAAUGACCACAAGGGGAUUUUCCUAGCGGCUAAGAAGGGUACGGCAAAAAAUGUUGGUGCACUUAUUGUGGGGUACAAUGCCCUUCAUAAGGGAUCUUGGGGAAGUGAUCAUGAGUUAAGGACAGAUCAGACUCAAUUUUUACCAAUUGGAGAAGGCUUACUUGUUAGUAAAAGUACAAAUACUGGUAGUGCCAAUGCUGCUACAACUUGUAAUUAUAGGUUUCAAGACGGUCCGAAGAGGAGUCAUCACUGGGUGGUAAAAGUGGACAAGUGCACUGGGGAAGAACAUGUUUUUAGGAUUUCUUCUCCUAAAAGGCAAUGGAUUGAAGCUUAA